GGGAGAUAUUUUAGCUAACUUCUGUGCAACGGUUCCGCUCGAUGAAGGCACCGCUAAUCUCGAUUGUAUUGGACUCGAGCACUGCGCCUUUAAAAACAAACUGUUCCCUGUUUUCUGGUCCCGACCGACCGGCGGCCACGUACGGCUCCAACUGUUCUCCCACGGUCUGCUCCGCGGGCACUACUUUCUUUUUUUUUUUUAAUCUGUUAACCGUCGCGACAAAGUUCGCCAUUUUUAAAAAAAAGCUACUUUAAAGGACUUUCCUUGUUGGGAGACGCGGAGGACAAAGUUUUGAAUGAAGGUUUCCCUGCUGGGGCUGUAAGCAAAGGAGGAGGGGGCAGUUUGUGGGGUCGUCCGGGGGUAUCGGAUCUGGGAAUCUGCUGCUCACAUUUAUAACCGGGCAGACGGCGGCUUCUUCGGGGCAGAGCGGAGCUGGACGGACGGACGGAGGGACGGAGGGACGGAGCUAGCCGGUGGAGGACGCCGAGUUUCAAACUUUUUUUUUUUUUUUUUCCCCACAGAGGAUUUAAAGGAAGAAAAGAAGGUUUGGAAUAACAGAAAAGUUUAAUUUUGGACCACCGUGUUCUGCUGCUGGACUAUAAGGUGAAGUUAAUUCACUCUGGAAGUCUUUUUUUUGUUUCUGUUUUAGCUAGCUGCCAAAUAUAACUACUCGUAACUUUACUGAAGCUAAACAAAAAUGGAUAAAUACGAGGAUUUAGGACUUGAAGCGAGCAAGUUUAUCGAGGAUUUAAACAUGUAUGAAGCAUCCAGAGAUGGUUUGUUUCGAAUGAGGAGGGAUGCGGGAAAUAACCCGGACUUUGAAGAAACAAGAAGAGUUUUUGCCUCGAAAAUGACUAAAAUACACAUCCAGAAACAGCAAGAGGAGAUGGCGAAAAACAACCAGGUCAUUAAAAUGAAUGGGGGUCACAACAGCGCACAUUACACCAAAGACAGACCGCCUCUCAACAGUUCAAGGCAGGCGGGUGAAGCGGCGGCGAAGCCCCCGAUACUCUCUGGCCCGGUGCCGAGCGCCGCGGCCGGCAGCCAGUACGCACAGUUUGAUGGUCAGAAGCACCACACGGGUAUCCAGUCUGAGCUCCCAGCCAGCAGGGCAUACGGCUACGGAAACAAUUACGAUAAUAAGGAGCCACAUUCAUACCAGCACAACACCCCUUCUCCGCCCAGCCCUGCGCCUCAUUGCGCGCCCACACAUGUUCGUCACCCGGUGAGCCAGCCGGCUGCUUGGGCCCCAUCCAGCCCGACUCCCCGGGCCCCAUCCAGCCCGACUCCCCCACCUGGUUCAGGGAGCAGCAGCAGCGCACCUCAGCAGCAGCCUCAGCGCCCGCAGCCUCCCCCCAACGUCAGCGGUCUUCCAUCCCAGCAGAAUCCGGCUCCCCCUUCUCCUGUUAACCUGAGCCCACCCUCCUCUGCAGGGCCAGUCAGGGGAUGGACAGCAGACCUCUCUGGCUCACCGAAACCAGACCUGAUCCCGGCUCUGCCUCUGAGUGCCUUCACAGGAGGAGCUGACUUCCAUGUGCAGCAGUCUUCCACCCAGCCUGCAGCUCAUUACGUGGCACCUCCGACUUCCAAACCCUCUGCCAGCCUUAAUGGCCCUGUGGCAGUUUCCUCUGUCCCACCUGUGUCUUCUGAAACACUUCAACCCAAAGCCCAGAUGGCGUCCACUGCCUUGAUCCCUGCCAGUGUCUCCAAAAUCAUCAGCCAAGGUCAAGGUCAGAGUCAAAUACCUGCCAGUACUGAAGCUGAAGUGCCAUCCUCACCUAAGCCUGUCCAGCAACCCUCUAAGUCUCUUCUCACGCAGCCCCCUGAGCAGGGGCCUUCAGCAGCUGAAAUAAAAUUAGAAGCUCUCACUCAGCGGCUGGAAAAAGAGAUGGAUGCCCAACCAAAGGCUGACUACUUUGGGGCCUGUGUGAAGUGUAACAAGGCGGUGUAUGGAGCUAGCCAGGCCUGCCAGGCUAUGGGAAGCCUCUACCAUGACAGCUGCUUCACCUGUAGCGCCUGUGGUCGAAGGCUGAGAGGGAAGGCUUUCUACUAUGUCGGAGGGAAGGUUUUCUGUGAAGAGGACUUCCUGUAUUCUGGUUUCCAGCAGUCUGCUGACAAGUGCAACGCGUGUGGACAUCUGAUCAUGGACAUGAUCCUGCAGGCCCUCGGGAAGUCCUACCACCCCGGCUGUUUCCGCUGCGUCAUCUGUAAUGAGAGCCUUGAUGGAGUACCCUUCACUGUGGACACUGAAAAUAAGAUCUACUGUGUCAAGGACUACCACAGGGUCUUGGCGCCUAAAUGUGCAGCCUGUAACCAGCCCAUCCUGCCUUCAGAGGGGUCUGAUGAAACCAUUCGAGUCGUAUCGAUGGACAGAGACUACCAUGUGGAAUGUUAUCACUGUGAGGACUGUAAGAUGGAGCUGAAUGACGAGGAGGGUCACCGCUGCUACCCUCUGAACGGACACCUCCUUUGCCACUCCUGCCACCUGAAGCACAUCCAGCCCGGCUGCUCCGCUCCAGUUGCUGCCGCCACCACCUCCUCCUUCUAACAGGUGGUGGGAGACACCUGGUGGAUGAGAGGAGGAACUGCAGGAGCGGAAAUUCACAAUUCUUGUUGUAGAGGAUUGAUCGACUGGAUGCAUCAAGUCCAACCGUGUGCAUUCUGACAGGAAAGUUAAUGAAGUCUCCUUUAUGCAGAACGUAACAGGGGUUUGACCCAGUAAUGAAGUAUUGCAAUACACCAAAGCCCUACUUUAAUGCAAUGAAACGUCGCAUUUGCAGAAGUGUCGCCAUGUGGUUAUUUUUUUUGUAAAUAUCAGUUGCAUCGGCGAUGUAGAUAUCUUACUGUCAGCUCAUUUCAGAUACUGUGUGCCUUCGACUUCACACUUCUGCAGCGAACCUACAAGUUAGAGGUUCUAAUUGUCCUUAUGUGGAAUGUGACAUAAAUCACAGGUACCUAAUGUUUAAGUCAGAGGAAGGAUGAUCUGUCGGCUCACGAAGGACUGGAAGGAAUACAACAGCCUCUACAGUAAUAACAGCUGGUGUGUAUUUAUAUAUAUAUAUAUAUAACAGAGAUACAAAGUGUUUUUAAUAUUAAAUAUUAUUUUUAAAAAGUCACAAAAUAACAGAACAUUCUUCUUUUUCUUCAUGUUAACCAGUUAUCAAUGCGUAGGAGUAGUUUUUCUCCUCAAACAGGAUGCCAGUAUCCUGACCUGCACACAGAGCCAGCGUCGCCAUGUUCGAUAUGCAAACAGCACGCAAUAAAUCACAUCGAAUCGUAACCUCUGAACACCUCAUAUCAACUUCAAACGGUGUUGUUGUCCUCAAGGUUGCUGUGCCUCUGUGUGCUCAAGGCAUACCAGGUCACAGUCACAGUGCACAUUUUUAUUACUUUCCCCUUUGUUAAGUCUGAGCAGGAAUGCUUUUGGCUGCGCUGUUCUGUGAUCAACAAACAGCCGGUGUUUGUCACAUGCAAUCUGUUCUAAGCACUUAGAGAUAGAUGUGCUGGGUUUCUAUGCACCUAUGAAGACUCUGGUAUUAGGCCUGUAGAUCUAUGUAUUUUAUUACCUUUGCAAACAUUGUAUAUUUUUAAAAGAAAGAUAUAUAUUUGUUGGCCUUUAUUCAUUUACAUUUGUUUCAUUUUAUCUUUGGCGCAGACUCAUUUGAUUUGCAGUGUGAAGAGGGUUUUUGGGCGCCUGCCUUUGCCAUCCAAAUGUUAUUCGUGUCUUGUCUUGAGUUUACUAACUUAAUACGUAAGUUGCUUGUCAUUUGAGGUCCUUAUUUCAUAGCAAACUGUAGGUUAAAUGAAGAGCAAACGUAUGUAUGUAUGUGCUGUGUGAUUGUUAUAAAGAAAAUAUUUAAUAAAUGCAACGCAGUUGGCCAACUUUUGACUUAAA